GACUACACAAUCAUUUAUGUAGCCACAGCGGUUGUGGAUAUCACCAGACUGUAACUGGACUAAAGUGUUCUGGCUUGUAUUCACCAUGGUGCACCUGAGAUGGCUGUUGACCCAUACUCUAUGUUUAGUGAUUAUUUCAGAGAAAUUCAGUUAUGCUUCUGGGGAUUCUUCCGAGACAGCUUUCUAUGUGCCAGUGGAAAUCACCAAUAGAAUCUUCACCCCUGCGCUGCUCCACCCUGGAAACUCUGAAUAUCAGACCAUGUACAAAGAAGUCAGCGACUUGUUUAACAGUCUCUACAACUGCUCAAACUCUGGAUGUUCAACAGCCUCCUUCUACGAAGGUGUUGUGUCAAUGACGUUCAGGUCUGGAUCUGUAAUUGCAAAUGCAACUCUACUCUUCAACACUACCAGUAUCAACGAAAUGGUUGUCUAUUAUUUAUUUAUGAAAAAUAUCGACAACUAUACACCCCCGAUUCUCCAACUUAAUUUGGACUAUACAACUUAUGACAAUGUAUUGCCAGCCCACGGGCUUACGACUACAACAUCCACCACAACCACUACUACAACAUCCACAACCACUACUACAGCAUCUACAACCACACCACUACCUACUACAACCACAACAACCUCUAUUGCAACUACAUUACCUUCAACAACAACAGCUCCUACUACAACAACCACAAGAGCUCAUACUACAGUAAAUACCACAACACCAGCUGCAACAACUACAACAUCAACUACAUUAUCUUCAACAACUACAACUCCUACUACAACAACCACAAGAGCUCAUACUACAGUAAAUACCACAACACCAGCUGCAACAACUACAACAUCAACUACAUUAUCUUCAACAACUACAACUCCUCCCACAACAACCACAAGAGCUCAUACUAAAAUAAGUAUCACAACACCAACUACAACAUCAACUACAUUACCUUCAACAACUACUCCUACUACAACCACAACAGCUCAUACUGCAAUAACUACCACAACACCAACUACAACAACCUCUACUACAACUACAUUACCUUCAACAAUAACAACUCCUACUACAACAACCACAAGAGCUCAUACUACAAAAAGUACCACAACACCAACUACAACAACCACAACCUCUACUACAACUACGUUACCUUCAACAACUACAACGCCUACUACAAAUCCUACUAGAACAUUAGCAAUACCUACAACUACAACACCACUACCUACUGCAACUAAAACUGAAAGUACCACAUUACACAUAACUACACCGAUAACACAUACCACAAAUAUCACAACAUUCACACCUACAGCCAAAAAAACCAGAACAGCUACCACAGCUACAAAACUUAUAACUACAAUAACCACAGCACCUGCAACUACCGCAGCACCCAUAAGUCCAGCACUCACAUCUACUACUGCUAUUACUACUGCUACAGUCAAAAAUUCUACAACAGCAACUUCAAGCAGAACAAACACCUCUGCUGAUUACACCGUAUUGGUGUCAACCACCAUGAAAACUCCUGGAAACCAUGGUGACAAUUACACAACAGGCAGGAGAGAAAAUCCGGCACAUGACCCAAUGAAUUUCACUACAGCUGUGAGUCCACAUGACAAACACACAGAUCCUCAGGAUGUUUCCAGUGGAAAGCCCUAUGAACCCCCAACAUCAGGUGGCGGCAGUGGUUAUGUGAGCAGUGACUGGGUACCUGGAUGGGGUAUUGCCCUCUUAGUAUUAUCCGCUACCAUCUUGUUGCUACUCAUAAUCAUCCUUAUCUUAAUGUUGGUUCAAUGGUGUUAUAGGAAAAGAGAAAAUGAUGACAUGGACAAUUCUGAGGAUCCAUAUUACCUUGAGGAAAAGCAACCACCUCCUCAGGAACAUCUUCCAGAGUACUCACUUCAGACCCCAGUUACACAGAAACCAGAGUCAAUCCCUGUCAUUAAAGACACGCCCAAGAAGAACCGGACAGGUUUCUACUCAGUGAAUCCUUGAGAUUCCCUUGAUGAAUGUGAGCCACCCAGCAACCUGCAUUUAUCCAAAUAUGAAUGCAACAGGCUGCCUGUCGUAUCAAUUACUUGUAUACUAAAUCUGACUUAAAUUGUUAUUAAAUUUGAAAGAAUAAAUCCUGCUCACUAUUGUGAACAUUAAAUGGUCAAACCGAUUGUUAAAAACACUAAAGGUGUACCUAUAUAUCAUGGUUCUAAUGUGAUGUUGGCCUAAGUUAUUAUUUUAACUUGUUUAGUUUGGAAAGAUUUGUGAUUAAUGUUAUGAUUUGUAUAAAAAAUUGAUUGUGAGAAAGUCAUGUGAUUGAGUCAUGCUCUUCACCCAGAGGCUCUAUAAUUAGUUGUGCUGGGAGCCUCAGGCUAGGUUUGGUGAUCUUUCUGUCCAUGCUUCUUAACAGUUAAAUGUAUAAAAUAAUAAAAUAAAUACAUAUACUUCUCAUUAGAACAGUGCAGGUGAAGGCACAGAUAUUUCAUAUAUAUAUAUAUAUAUUUUUUUUUUUUAAACAUAUUUAAUAUUUUGUAUUACAUGGUUUUGUCAAAACCACAUAUUUAGAAACCAGUUGAAAUUCGAGAUUUGAGUUAAAUUUAAUCUUUUUACUUUUCAGAGAAGUUGAAGCAGUAUAGUCUAGUCUCUGCUAUUGGUAUAUAUUAAAUCAAAUAUCUGUGGAAUUUACGUUACAAUCUUUAAUUUAAAAAAUCCUUUUUUGUUAGUUUUUGUUGUUUGUAAUCAACCGAUUUUAAUUUUGACUUCCGAAUUAGUAACAGUUAUGUAAUGUGGUGUUGUAAUGCAGAGGAGGUGAGGCGUUUCUGACCUCUCCCACUCUUACAACAGUAGAUGUUAGUCAUGGCUUAAUCAUUUGGGGAUUGUUUUGACACUCACACCAAGGCACUAUGUGACACAAGAGGGCUGAGCUUUGUGUGUUUUUGUACGAACGCAUUGCUUUAUUAAACAAAGCCCUCUCAGACAUCAAAAGGUAUGCAUAUACAAACUGACAUGGGGUUUUAAGUGUACACUUAAGCAAAUCCACAACUUAAAUGUCACAAAGAAACACUGUGACUUAGAGUGACACAAUUCUCAGCCAUGUCCAAUAUGUCCAAUUUUGAAAUUGUCAGAUUUUGUUAUUGGUUGCAUUUUUCUCAAGCAGUGAAAGCAUCAGUGUUUAUCGCAGACAACAAAAAACACAAUGGAUAGUGUGUAGCAUGGAACUGGGAUGAAGACAGUUAUAUUUAUUACACAGUUUUGCUUUGCUUUUUUUUCUCAACACUUCCCUAGAAAGAAUUCCCAGAAAGCUAAAGGUGCAUAAUUUCUGUUUUUCUUUCAUGACUGGUUCUCUGUAAGAUUUCAGAAACAUAAUCACAAAACAAAUUCAUAGCAACUCAGCAUGAAUGUUCAAAUUGUUACCAUAUUUAUUGCACAUGUCAAAUGUUUUCAAGCAUAUGGUGAAUAUUGAUCAAAUGUAAAUAAAUUUGAAAUCUGAAAUAUA